AUGCGGUCGCCGAUCGUAGUGGUGGCGCUUUGUGCGCUGCUGCUCGGCGCCGACGCGGCACGUCACCGCAAGUACAGACAGACCUGUAAGUGGGAUUAAAAGAAUGGGAAAAGUUUGAGUAUUCAGCUAGACAGAGUAGUUUCAGACCAGGACAUCGACUCGGACGAUGAGACCUCAGACAUCCAGAUCACAGUCUUCCCAACCGAAAAGGAAGUCCGUGAUGGCCGCGAUGUCUCCUUCGACUGCCGUGCCCGUACUUCUGACAACUCUGUCUACCCGACUGUCCGAUGGGCCAGAGUCGGAGGCCCGCUUCCGGCGUCCGCCCAUGAUGCCAGUGGCCGUCUGACCAUCAAUCCAGUCUCCCUUUCUGAUGCCGGCACCUACAUCUGUGUCUCUGAAUACAAUGGACAAUCCGUUGAGGCCAGAGCCACUUUGAAUGUUGUGUCAUGUAAGAGACCCCUCCCCCCUUCUCAUCUCUCAUUAACUAUAACUGUUACAGAUGGACCCCAAGAAGUGUCGAACGGACUCCGUCCAGCUGGCCAGUGCAUGGCUGACGAGAAGGCGUGCGGUAACAACGAAUGCGUCAAGAACGACUACGUUUGCGACGGAGAGCCCGACUGCCGCGACCGAUCCGACGAGGCUAACUGCCCGGCGAUCUCGAGAACUUGCGAGCCGAACGAGUUCAAGUGCAACAACAACAAGUGCGUCCAAAAGAUGUGGCUUUGUGACGGAGACGACGAUUGCGGCGACAACUCUGACGAACUUAACUGCAGUGAGUUUCGAGAGGCCAUGCGGCACACCAAAAUCAUUUCAUUCAGAUGCCAAAUCGACGGAAAAUGGAUGCAAACCAACUGAAUUCCAAUGUCACGACCGUCGCCAAUGCGUGCCUUCCUCCUUCCACUGCGACGGAACCAAUGAUUGUCACGAUGGUUCCGAUGAGGUCGGAUGCGUGCAGCCGACCGUUGUUGAUCCACCACAGACCAACCUCCAAGUGCCACGUGGAUCCACCUUCUCUUUAACUUGCAAAGCCGUCGCCGUCCCAGAACCGUACAUCAACUGGCGUCUCAAUUGGGGACCAGUUUGCGAGCCGCCACGUUGUCUGCAGACCUCCGAGGGAGGAUACGGAACACUGACGAUCCACGAUGCUCAGUAAGUUCUCAUCUUGUUUCUUUUCACAAAGCGUUUGGCAGUGUUUUUGUAAACCAAUUGUCGCGUAAAUUUACGACCUUCAUUCAUUGCCCCCGGGCCGGGUUGGUUGACGAUUGAUUAUAGCGAUGCUAUCCUAUCAUUAGCUAUCUUCUCCCCGUUAUCAUCACUUUUGAGAAUGUGCGUUGGGGGCAGCCGCCUCUGCCCGCCUGGACCGGUUCCAAAUAAGACAUCAAAACGAUCUCUCCCAAACGCUCUUUCUCUCAAUUCAUGCAACACUUUCAAUCAUUUUGUAUAUGGAAUUUAAUUGACCGCUGUUGCCGCCUUGCCACCAUCACAGGGAAAAUGAUGAAGAUCGGAAGGGGGGGGGGGAUGUACAAGAUUCUCGCAAAGAAUAUUGAUACUUAUUCUUAAUUGAUAACCAUUUUGUUCGUUGUUACACUUAGCAUUUCCCCUCAGUUUUCCCUUCAGAUGUGUGUGAUUGCGCGUCGAGUGUAGCGCCCCCCGCAAAAUCACACUAUAUUUGUCAGCCGCGAAACAAAAUUCACUCUCAGCGCAUAAGUCGGUAGUCUCAGAUCAUUCUUUCACAUGUUUGUUUCCAGUAAGUUCUUUAGAGCUUUAUUAAGUGCUAGGUUUGGUCUAGUAGUAGUCGCCAAGGAGAAUGAAGAAAGUUCUCGACAAUCACCGCUUUUAUGCAGGCGGGAGGGGGCUGAUAAGUGAUUGCGAAAACGAAACAAACAAUUCGGGGAAGAAAAGAAGAACAUCUUUAGCACUUUUUGAUACAAUCCGCUCGAUUUCAGACCAGUCGACCAGGGAGCCUACACUUGCGAGGCGAUCAACGUGAAGGGCCGCGUGCUCGCCACUCCUGACUGCAUCGUCCGCGUCGUCGAUGAGCAACGUCCGCUUCCACCACAGCCACCACCGACCGCUCCGCCACAGAGAGCCUCUUGCGACACUCGCGGAGCCGUCACUCCAUACCCGAACAGCUACGGAACUUGCGAGUGCAAGUCCCAAGUGACCGGACCGAACUGCGAUCAGUGCAAGCCAGGAGCUUUCCAUCUCUCGGAGAAGAGCCCGGAGGGAUGUCUCAAGUGCUUCUGCUUCGGAGUUUCCAAUGACUGCCGCAGCAGUGGAUACUACCGUACCAAGGUAAGAAGGCCUUUUGAUUGCGGUGCUUGAGGAUACGGUAUGUGUAGAAAUAUGAGACUUGUAGAUAUUCUUAAAACGUUGUAGUUUUGUAUGUCGCAUGGUGCCAAUUUGUGAAAUUUCUGUGAAAGUUAUCUAGGGUUAUUUUUUAUCCGCGUUUUUGUACAUACCGUAUUCUUGGCACCACUUUGAACGCACAACUUGUCAUCGUAUUCGUCCAAGUCAAAAAACUUUAAUGCUUCUGUUUCAGGACGCAGCUUGUGUAAGUGUUUGUCUUUCAAGUCCAUCUGUCCGAAAGUGUUAAGUCUAUUCAGCCCUCCGUUCUUUUCUGUCUAACAGUUCCCUCGGUUUUAACCUCUUGCAUGAUCUUCCCGGUUCCUCCCGUUCUUCUCAAUCACUUCUCUCAAUCAAUCGGAUUCUGAUGUUCAGGACCGUCUUAUGUUCGCCGGAGACGCCGAAGGAGUCACUAUGUCCGACAUGGAAGAGCGUUCAGUCAGCCGUGAUAACCAGUAUUCGUUCUUCAAGACCGGGUAUCUCACUUUCGACGGAACGACCGACGGAGUUGCCAAGUACUGGCGUCUUCCGCAACGAUUCCUUGGAGAUAAGGUCACCUCGUACGGAGGAAAGAUGGAGUUCGAGAUUGAGUUCUCCGGAUCCGGACACCACAGCAGCGAGCCGAUGGUUGUGCUCAAGGGUAACCAGAACAUCCUGGUCCACCGCGUUCGCAACCAAGAGCAUGUGCUCCGAUCCGAUUCUCCAGUCAGAAUCACCGUUGAGACCUACGAGACUAACUACGAGCAAUUGAACGGUGCUGCGGCCACUCGUGAGGACCUCCUCAUGGUUCUCGCUGACCUCGACGCUUUCCUUAUCCGUGCCACUCACGUCGCUCAUCAGACCUCCACCAGCCUCGGAGACGUCGCUUGGGAGAUCGCUGUGGACCGCGUCACUCCUGACGGACUUGCUCUCGAAGUUGAGCUGUGUGUCUGCCCACCCGGAUACAUCGGAACAUCCUGCGAGGAUUGUGCCCCAGGAUAUGAGCGUAGUGGCCACGGGCCGUACCUCGGAACCUGUGUUCCAGUUCAACGUCAAGAGCUGCAGCAAUGCGGAAUCGGAGCUGUUGCUCCAGUUAGCACCGGAACGUGCCAGUGCAAGACCUCCGUCAUCGGACCAAACUGUGAUCGCUGUGCUCCGAACUCAUUCGGACUCGCUCCAACUAACCCUCAAGGAUGCAUUCCGUGCUUCUGCUCGGGUGUCACUCAGCAGUGCUCCGCUUCCUCCUACAGAAGGACAACUGUAAGUGACAUGCACUUUAGGUAUUAGUUCCUUUGUGUAACAUAAUCCGAUCAACACUUAAUAACUCUAUCAGGCACUCUCUCACUCUUUUCCAGGUUUCCAUUGAUUACGCCCGCGGGGACCGUGAUCAGCUCGAGCUGACCACUUCGGAUUCGCGUCAGCCGUUCACUCCUCAGACCAAAGCCUACGUUUCUGGACAGCAGAUUGAGUUCAAGAGCUUCGAUGAGGCUCGCGGACAAACAUUGUACUGGAAGCUGCCGGAGAAGUUUUUGGGAGACAAGGUCACUGCCUACGGAGGAGUUUCAAGUACACUUUCCGAUUCUCGGGAAGCGGAAGUACCGAUCAGGGAGCUGAUGUCAUCCUCAGAGUACGUUAAUGUUCAGAAAGUUCAGAGGUUGAUGUGUUCUUGCAGGGAAACGACAUUACCCUUCAGUACAAGCACAGAGAGCCAGUGCAUCCAGACAGAGACAACAAUGUUGAGAUCAAGAUUUCGAGACCAGGUGAGAAAGAGAAAUGUAACACACUGCUUGUUUCAAUCGGAAUCUUUCAGCUGGCAACGCGUCGAUGGCCAACAAGCAACCCGUGAGCACCUGCUCAUGACCCUCGCUGACCUCGAUACUCUUCUCAUCAAGGCCACCUACAACGAUGACUGCACUGAUUCCUCCCUUCUUUCCGUCAAUUUUGAGUUCGCCGAGCCGUACGGUCAGGGACUCACGGCUGCCGAGGUGGAGCAGUGCAUCUGCCCACCAGGAUACGUCGGAACAUCUUGCGAAGACUGUGCUCCAGGAUACUCCCGCACCGGAGGAGGACUUUACCUCGGACUGUGCGAGAAGUGCGAAUGCAACGGACACGCCAGCCAGUGCGACAAGGAGUACGGAUACUGUCUCGAGUGCCAGCACAACACCGAAGGAGAUCAGUGCGAGAGAUGCAAGCCUGGAUUCGUCGGAGACGCCCGUCGUGGAACUCCGAAUGACUGCCAGCCAGAGGCCACGAGAGCCCCUUGCCACUGCAACAACCACUCGCCAAGAGGAUGCGAUUCAUUCGGAAGAUGCCUGCUUUGCGAGCACAACACCGAGGGAACCCACUGCGAGAGAUGCAAGAAGGGAUAUUACGGAGAUGCCACCAAGGGAUCCCCAUACGAUUGCACCCCAUGCCCAUGCCCGUAAGCUCUUUUUUCUCACAGAACCAUCUCACAGCGUAUUUUUUCUUCAGAGGAGCUUCCGACUGCUACCUGGACCAGGAGGGGCAAGUCGCUUGCCGCAUCUGUCCAGCCGGUCUCCAAGGCCGUCUUUGCAACGAAUGCGCUCCGGGAUACACCCGCUCGAACAAGCCAGCCGGACGCGUCUGCGAGCCGAUCGGACAGGUCACCAACGAGGAUAUCACAUUCGUCCAGAAGCCGCAUGAAGGUGAAUUCGCAGCAAACUCAGGCACCUCUUCCGCCCAACGUCGUCACCGACGGCGACGAAUCCGAGUUCGCUCGCGUUUCUACCAUCAUUAGAUGAUGUCGUAGAUGGUGUCGUUACCACUGUGUUUGCGUGUGUUUCUUGUUUCGUUCCGUGUUUGUAUCAUGUCCCGUAAGUGUUGGAUAUCAUCAAAAACAGAGAGUUCUUUGUUCGUCUACACCUCCUGCUCCUCCCCUCUCCCCCAACUGCCGCAAUCACUUUAUCGUUUCGCUUUAGGAGCCGUGUGUUUUCUUUGAUUUGUUCGUUUCUUUCCAGAGUCUAUCCCCUCAUAUCCACUUGUCUACUGUCCAUCUCUCUUUCUCUCCGUCUCUCCGUCUCUCUCUCUCUCUCUUGUUUCAAUUCAAUGUAUCACUGCCACAUAAUAACAAAUUUAAUACAAAUAAACGUAUUCUAUGUGUCGUCGAGUCUUGUCCAGUCCAGUGUUCGUCACAGUCCGCAAGUCAGCCGAAACAACUAAAAUGAUUAUGAUUUCUCUGAUUUGAUUUCAGUUUUCAUUUUGAUUUUCAACAAUAACCCGCCGCUGUUUUAGUGUUACGCGUGAGAAUCAUGGAGCCGAAACGACAAAUCGCCCACCCGGGGGACCGGGUCCACUGGAUUUGCCAAGUGACUGGCUACACGGUAAUCUAAUGACUGGCGCUUUUGCCACUAAUCAUCUAAAACUUCUCCUCCUCCCAACUAACUGUUUUGAGUUCUCCAACAUUUUCAGACCGAAAAGAUCCACGUGGAAUGGACGAAAGUGGGAGACAUGACUCUGCCCUCGAACGCGCAAUCGUACGACGGCUACUUGGUGCUCGAGGGCGUCGAGGCGGAGCAUGCGGGCCAGUACCGCUGCACCGCCACGACGAUCACUCAGUACGCGACGGACGACGCCUUGCUAACAGUCUCGCGACGAAUAAGUUUGUUUUUUGUUCUUCUGUUCCUCUAACCCUCAACUACCUGUUCAAUGUUCUCAUUGUAUUCUGAAUGUUGCCUCCCUUUCGCAUGCCGAAUGCUCUUGACGUUUGUCGUAUUCAGGCGGACGUCCUCCACAACCGGUCAUCGAUCCUCCACACCUCGUCGUCAAUGAGGGAGAGCCAGCGGCCUUCCGUUGUUGGGUUCCGGGAAUCCCAGACUGCCAGAUCACGUGGCACAGAGAACAGUUGGGAGGACCGCUUCCACACGGAGUCUACCAGACUGGCAAUGCCCUCAAGAUUCCACAAUCUCAACUUCACCACGCCGGAAAAUACAUUUGCUCGGCCGCCAACCAGUAUGGAAUUGGACAAUCGCCACCAGCUGUGUUGGAAGUCAAGAAACGUGGGUUGCUGUGUACAGUUAUUACUCACAGUUUGAGCGAUUUUUGAAGUUUGUAGUGUGAUUUAGACUAAGAUGUACAUGUGUUGUAACUUUGAAUAAGGAGGAUCGCACCUAUUAAUCCAAUAUCUCGUUCCAACUAGUGCAUUUUCAGCUGUCGUUCCACCAAAGGUCGAUCCGAUCCGUCAGACCGUUGAUCGUGGACAGCCCGCCCGUUUCAAGUGCUGGGUGCCAGGAAACUCGAACGUUCAGCUCAAAUGGUCUCGUCCAGGAGGCGGAAACCUUCCAAACGGAGUUCAGGAGCAACAAGGCAUCCUCCACAUCCCGAGGGCCACCGAGCACGAGGCCGGAGAGUACGUGUGCACGGCCACUGAUCCACGGGAGAAUAUUCCACUCCAAUCAGAGCCAGUCAGCCUUAACAUCAGAGAUCCAGCUCCACAACGUAACAUUUUUUGUCUUCUCUUGACACUUUCUGAAUACUGUGUUUCAGAGAGAGCUGCUCCCCAAAUUGAUCCUCCAAACCAGACAGUCAACGUGAACGAUCCGGCUCAGUUCAGAUGCUGGGUUCCAGGACAGCCACGUGCUCAGCUCAAGUUCACGAGAAAGGACGGACGCCCCCUCCCGCAGGGAGUUCUGGAGCGUGACGGAUUCUUGAGAAUUGACAAGUCUCAGUUGAACGACGCCGGAGAAUACGAGUGCACAGCCACUGAGCCAGACGGCAGCACCCAGAGAUCUCCUCCAGCCAGACUGAAUGUCAAUCAGCCACAAGCCAUCCAGCCACAGAUUGACCCACCCGUCCAGACUGUCAACGAGGGAGAGCCUUCCCGCAUUCGGUGCUGGGUGCCAGGCCAUCCGAACAUCCAGUUGCAGUUCGUCAAAAGAGGAAGACGCCCGCUUCCGGUGCACGCCACAGUGUCCCAGGGCAACCUCGAGAUCCCGAGAACUCUCAAGUCCGACGAAGACGAGUACACUUGCAUUGCCACCGAUCCGGCCACCAACAGACCGGUCGAGUCCAACCCGGCCAGAAUCAUCGUUAAGUCACGUGAGUCAUUUCAGAGUAUUGAAUGAGUUUGGGAAUGUUACGAUUGAAAGAGUGAACAUUUUUUCCCGCAUGAAUCCCUUUUCUCCACUUUUCAACUAUCCUUCGGUUUCCUUUCCCUAUCCUAACCCUUCCAGCCAUCCGUCCAAUCAUCGAGCCGGCCGAGCAGACAGUUCCAGAAGGUUCUCCCUUCCGAAUUCGAUGCUACGUGCCCGGACACCCCAGUGUGCCGUUGUCCUUCCGCAGAGUUUCCGGACAUCUUAACGACGACGCCGACGAGAACAACGGAUUGUUGGCUGUGCAAAGAGCCGAGCUCACCGACGAAGGAGAUUAUAUCUGCACCGCCCGUGACCCAGACACCGGAGCUCCGAUCGACUCGACCCCGGCCACCGUCCACGUCACCAGUGGAUCGGCUCCAAUCUGGAAGCCCGUUAGUUUCUUUCCUAUCUAUCUUUCAGUUCUCUCUAUUCUUUUUGCACAUUGCUGUGAUAGUGCUGUGUAAUGUUCAUCGUUGUUUAUACAUGUUUCGCAAUUGUUCAGACCGUCCAACACAUCAACACCCUGUCAUCACCCCACAGACACAAACGGUCCCUGAGGGAGACCCGGCCAAAAUCCAGUGUGAAGUUCCUGGUAACCCGGUCGCCGCUCAGCAUCUUUCAUUCGAAAGAGCUGACGGACGGGGACUUCCGUUCGGAUCGAGCGACGAUCGCGGAACACUGACGAUCCCUUCGACCCAACUGCAAGAUGCCGGCAACUACAUAUGCGUUUACUCGCCAGAGCACGGCCACCCACUCAAAACCAACCCGAGUGUUCUCAACGUUACACCUGGUUUGCCCUUCGUUUUCACUUUUCCAACCCUCUUUGUGUUAUCUUCUAUACACACGACUUCCCUUUCUUUCCCUUUCCUUUCACUUUUCCUUUCCACUUUCAGAAGGCACUCCACCUCGUCCAGUUGCCACCCCACCACUCCUUUCGGUGGCUCCUGGCUCACCAGCACGUUUCAACUGUCUCGCGCACUCUGCGACACCGGCACGCAUCAAAUGGGGAUUCAAGGACGAGAACGGAGCACUGCCGGAAGGCGUGAGACAGGACGGAGAUGACAUCGAGAUCUCUUCCGCUGGCGAUGACAACAUCGGAGAAUACGUGUGUUCGGCCACCAAUGACUUUGGAACCGGCGUCGCUGAUCCCGUCCGAUUGGAAGUCACCGAGGGUUUGCGCACUCUUUCACUCUUUCCUACUGUUCUCUCCCUUUCCUUUCACUUCAAACACUCUUGUGCCCCUUGAAUAGUUUUUGGCAUGAAAGCAAGUGAUCCCUCAACACUUUCACCACCUCUCGAAAUAUUCCAACUGAAAUUCAUUCCAGACCAAGAGCCCCCAACUGCCGUCGUUGAGCCAAGAACUUGGAACGGGAAGCCAGGAGAGCGACACCAGUUCAGAUGCAUCACUACAGGAUCGCCUACUCCAAAGAUUACGUGGACUGGACCCAACGGAUCUCCUCUACCACACGACGUUACACCGCUUGAGCCAAAUAUUCUCGACUUCUCAAACGGCCGCUCCGAGCUCAACGGAGACUACACUUGCACGGCUUCGAACCCUAUUGGCGAAGCAACCGACCACGGAUCAGUCAACAUCGGACCAUCGCUCACCGUUAAAACGAAUCCGGCCGGACCGAAACUGAUUGUGACCGUCGGAGAGCCGCUCCAAGUGAAAUGCGAGGCAUUCGGAGCUCCAGGAGAUCCGGAGCCAGAAGUCGAAUGGCUGCACGACCCGGGACCGGAGAGAGGAGAUCUUCCAGAAGACUUCAAGCCAGUUACCAUCUCGGAACAGUUCAUCAGACACCCGAACGUCGGACUCUUGAAUGCCGGAGUCUACACUUGCAAGGGAUCCAGCGCCCAUGCCACGGCCACCAAGAACAUCUACAUCGAGGUCGUUGAGCCAUCCAGAAUCGCCACAGUCUCUAUUCUCGGAGGAAGUACUCAAUCAUUCGAUCAGGGAGAGAAGGGAGAACUGAUUUGCACUGCCACCGGAAGUUCAUUGGUCGACAGACUCGAAUGGGAGAAGAUCGAUGAUCAGCUGCCAACCGAUGUCGAGGAGCACAACGAGCCAGGACUUCUCCACUUCCCAAGCUUCAAGGUACAGCCGAAAUUCAAACAAUUAUGUUCAAUAAGUGUUCCAUUUACAGAACUCAUACGCCGGAGAAUACCGCUGCAAUGGCUACCGCAACAACGAGAUCAUUGCCUCCGCUUCCGUCCACGUCUCCUCCACUUCCGAUGCCGACGACGAGCCGAAGGUCGAGAUUGAGCCGCCACACGUCCGCGUCGUUUCCCAGGGAGAUAACAUUGUGCUCAAGUGCUCUGUUCAAGGUGAGCCUCUUGAUCUCUUGCAGCUUCAUCUUGACAAUGGGACACAGAUCCGAAAGAGCGGGUGCUCUGGUGGCAUGCCACUGAGGACUUGUCUCGUUCACUAACGUCGCCAACACUAACCACUUGCACUUGAAACACGCCGAUUUGUGUGACCGGGGCUUCUAUUACUGUACUUUGGAGUCAUCGAACUACGAGAUCGGACGCUCGAUGAACAUUGUAAUCGUGCAGCCGAAAGGACGAAUAGGUUAUGUGUCUCUACUCUUUCUUUGCUCUUUCUAACAGUGUCCGUUGUGCCAGUCAUGUCUCAAAGUCAAACUAACUGAGGGAAACGGGCGGGGAAGCUUCUUUUCAGAUACUCCAUCGAAUCCUAUUUUGGCCGGCAAUGGCCACGGAGGCCAGGGACUAGAAACCUCCGCGCAAGCCCCAAGGAAAAUCGCCGUGUAUGUCUUCUAACAUUUGUCUGUGCUUUACCAAAAGCUGGUUGGUUUCUUACUUUUUUACUUUUUGCUCUUGUGCCGGGAAAGCUUGCAUUUGGGUCUAUGUUUAACAUUUUGAGGGACUUUUGCCUUUUCACAACAUUUUUUGCUUGCUCAGACAAAUAAAUUCGAAUCAAAUCGUAGUGAAAUUAUUUUCUAACGCAACCUCUUUAGAUUUGAAAACGUUCUAACUGGAAUCGCAAUUGGUCUAAUUAGAUUCGUGCUUUUUCUAAUAUUUUCUAAUUAGAUUCGAAUUGAUUUGUCUGAGUGUUUACAUCAACAUCUGUAUAUUGCUCGACCAAGAAAUAUAAAUCCGAUGGAAUGAGACUUCUGUCGAAUCUGAGAAAUGAUCCCUUUUUUUCAGGAGCCGAGAACGGCGAGCACUUCAAGUGGGCUCUCCUCCGCGGAGGUUCCCUUGUCCGCCAGCUUGGCACUGAGCCAACUCUCGAGAUCAACAAAGCCGACCCAUCGAAUGACUUUGGAGUGUACCGGUGCAACGUGGAAGACAAUAACGGACUUGUCGUCGGAUCAGCCUACACGGCUGUUUCCGUAGGACAACAAGAUAAAUCCCGUGAGAAAAUACAUCAUUUUCAGAGCAAAACUUUCGUAAAAGACAUGACUGGGCACAACAGCAUGGGCGUCUCCAACUGAACGAGUAAUUUGCAGAUGCUCAAGUCGUGAAGUUCGACGACAAGUCUGACGCCUCGUUCGCUUGUCCGAUCUAUUCGGUGCCAGGAAGCAAGGUCGAAUGGACGUACGAUGGCUCAGAACUUCCGUCGAAGGCAGUGCCGAACGGAAACAAGAUCGAGAUCAAGGAAUUCGACGACACCACGUCUGGCACCUACAUCUGCAAGGUCUCGUUUGAAAACAAUGUCGUCGAAGGAUUCGUGACUGCUCAAAUGUUCGGUGAGUCGGAUGAGUGUGUGAUGCUGUGAACUUCCAUUUGUUCAGUCCCUGACACGAUCAUCCAAGUUCUGCUCGAAGUCUCUUCGGAGUCCCCGCAAAUCGGAGACCGUGCCUGGUUCGAUUGCAAGGUCACCGGCGAUCCGUCGUCUGUGAUCACGUGGAGCAAGGAAGGAAACGACGAUCUGCCACCGAAUGCCCAGGUAUUUCAGUCGUCCAAAAUGUUUCGAAAAGUGCCAAAACGCCUUGAGUAGAAUGUUCUUGUUACCUAACCAUUUCAGAUGUUUCCCAUUCUCAGACACGAUGUUGUCUGCAAUACGACCGUAAGUUUAAAGUAUAGUGAAAAGUCGUGAAGUUUAUCUAAGAACCACCAACAAACCCCCAUUUCCAAUGAGUUCAUUUGAUUUGAUGAUUUCUGCCCCUGACUACUCCCUAGUCGACCUCAUUCAUUUUCAUAUCCGUUGCGUUUGCAUGACUGUGAAUCUUGUGAAAACUGUUGGAGAGCGGAGUACGGGAGCCAGAUCUACCGUACUCCAACACAAGACACUUUGAUAUCAGUUAAUCGUCCCUACGAAUUCAGCUUCAAUCCAUAAUUGCAGGUCACCGGAGGACGUCUCCUGUUCACUGACCUCAAGGAAGACAACGCCGGAGUGUACCGAUGCGUCGCCAAAACAAAGGCCGGACCACUGCAGACGCGCACCGUCCUCAACGUCGGAUCCGGAAAACGCAAGCGAAAACACCUGGGGAACCGACGGGGGCGUCGUUUAAGGCAUCGUAGACGCAACGCUCAGAACCAGCCACAGAACCGCAGAACGCGUACCACCACCAAGCUGUUCGGUUCCUGGUUCUAAUCGCGACAAACAGAGUAUCUCCCUUCUAGUGUGCCUGAUUGUGUUUUCUCUAAUCUAACCAAUUUCUAAAACCGUUUCUCUUUGUCUUUUACUUUUCCUUUUCUUUUUCCACUGCCCGACCGGUAACCGGUGUGUUACAUAAUUGUCUGACCUUUCCGUCCUUUCUAGACUUUUCCGCUCUUCGAAUUCUUGUCUUUUCCUUGCUUUGUGGUGCUGCAGUGAGAGUUAGUUUUCCCCCCAAAUAUCAUUCAUUUCCCCCGAACAACCUUUCUCUUCUAUUCAUUUUUAUUCGUGUUGUUUCCGACUUACUCUUCUUGCUUUUCGAGUAUAUGUACCGAUGAGAGAAUAAAUAAACAUUAGCAAGGUAUCCAAAGAAAGGAGAAGUGUGGAGUGUUUCACUUCGUGCCCGUCUUGUACUUGUUGGGUCCGUUUCAGAAAACGUUUAAACGUCUGUUGAGAUUGAUUGAUUCUGCAGGAUAAAAUGACCUAAUUGCAUGAAGUUUGGAGUCAGAUUAAAAUGGGAGAUGAAGUACACCGGAGAUGAAUCAAAACUUGCGAAACUCAAAGUGCAAACAAGAUUUCGUAAUGAAAAGAAAGCCAAUCACGCCCUCCUCAGCUUCCAGAUUCCUUUACAGCCGUUUUCUUUCCACUUCUCCCUAACCGUUCUUCCCUUUUCCAGCUGACCACUCCUUCACUUUCGCUGAGCCUCUUCCUGUUAUCUACACUGUCGGAGAGCCCGCGUAUCUCUCAUGCAUCGGAAAAAUAGAGACUGUUCCGAACGAGACGGUCAUUUGGACGAGAUCCGAAGGCGACCUUCCGACUGGUUCCAAAGUCGAACAAGGAGUUCUGGUCCUUCCGUCCGUGCACAGAAACGACGAAGGAUCGUGAGUUUACAGUGCAUAGCUACUCAAAUUUAGGCUUAAAAUUAAAGAUACACCUGUGAAAUUGCGAGAGAAGUGGAGCCGGUGUUAUCCACGGUUGACCUGCAAGUGGAAGAUUUCGUCCCUCUGAUUACUGGAGAGCCCAUCGAACUUCCGCCACUUUCUGACGAUGAGCUCGUCAAUUUUGAAAUUGAAAUCACAUUGAACUCAUCGAAUCCGAAAGGAAUAAUCUUUGAAACGAAGCGAAUCAAUUCCGGAGAUCUUCUAGCUCAACCGUAUGACACAAUUCACCAUGAAGCAAGAAUAACUGAUCACGGAACGAUUCUCUACGAGUUUGAUUUGGGUUAUGGAAGACGUAAGUGAAGGGAGAAUGAAGGCUUCUCAUGACCUAGAAAUUCCAGAAAUCGUGGAGACUACGAACCCGAUAAAUCCAAACGAAUGGAAUGUUGUGAGAAUCAAAAACGAUAGAAACCAGGUGACGGUACAAUUAAACGACGAAUCGGCCACUGUACGUCAACAUGCGAACCCAUUGCCACGUUUGACAACUGGAGUGAACAAGCCAGUUUACAUCGGAGGUCGGUACGAGCCAGUCAGCGAAGCCGAUGAUUUCAAUGGUAAAUUGAUGUCUGCACAAUUCCAGAAGACCGUUUUGUUUGCAGGAGUCAUCAGUCAAGUGAUCCUUUCCGGUCAGAACGUGGGUCUUGGUGAUGCCCGAAUACCAGCCUCCGUUGUAAAAUAUGACGCAUGCGGCAGCACGAAUCUUUGCUUGAACGGAGCGAAAUGCAGAAACUCUAAUAAUAACAAGGGAUUCAGUUGCGAGUGUUCUGCCAAAUUCCACGGCGAAUACUGUCAAUGGAGAUCGUCUUUGUGCCAUGAAGGUGAGUUCAACGGAUUAUUCAGAAAAAUAAGGAAUGCUCAAGAAAACUGCAAUGCCGGAAUCUGCCUGGACAACGAGGAAAGCUGGCAAUGCGUGUGUCCUGUGGGAACGUCCGGAUUGAGGUGCGAAGAGAAGGUCGAGAUCCCGCAACCACUGGGAUUCACUGCCGACACCUCCUUCCUGGCCGUCAAGAAACCUGUCAAGUUUGAAUCGGUACCCACCAUUUCAUUUAAAGUUCAUUGAAAAACGUUGUGAUAUUUCUUUGCAGAUAAAAAUGAAACUGCGCCCGCAAGCGGACAGUGAUGAGCACAUUCUGAUGUACUUCGCGUCCGAGUACGGAUCAGCGACCAAGCAGUUCGCUUCGCUUUCUUUGAUUGAAAAUCAAGUUGUGUUCACUGUGAACCGGCCCGACAAAGGUGAGUGUUCCGAGCCUCCAAAUGUAUACCAUGAUGAAAUGCCUUUCAGAAGUGGAAAAGAUUCGAAGCGAACCGUUGGAACCUGGAAAACUGAUAGACUUGUCCGUCUCACAGACGGACAACGUUCUCGUGAUGACAGUGAAUGGAAAUCAGGUUUCGACAGUGAGUAACACACUUUGAACUUUAUGUCCUCGUCCGAACACCACCUAUCAUUUGCAUUUCAGAUUGAGUCAGACGGUCUGAAACCAGGAACUGAGAUCUUCAUCGGAGGACUGCCACCUGGCCUCAAUUCGCCAAAUGACGUUGUGGAGAGAUCGUUCCAAGGAUGUGUUUAUGAGAUUAUGAUUAACUCGGAAGACGUGGAUCUCCAGAACCUUUCAUCGUCCGGAGAUAUCUCGUCGUGUGAUGAAUCCGUUUUCCCAACUGAAGAAGUAGAAGAGACUGAAGUGCCGACAACCGAAGCGCCCACUGAAGAGCCGACUGAAGAACCGACCGAAGAACCGACCGAAGAACCGGAGACUACCACGACAACAACGGAAGAACCGACGACGACCACGAUCACGGAACCUCCAACUACGACGGAGGAAGUUUACUAUUUCUAUGAAACUUCUCGAGAUGACGAUCCGGAAAUCAUAAUCCCGGUGGAAACCACCACGACUACAGAUGAUGCAGCCAUCCUUCCAACUGAUCCGGUUGAUGAAUCAGACGUCAGCGACGAGGAAGACGAGAUUGCCGCGUUGACAACCGUUGUGCCGGAGGAACAGACCGAUUCAGAUUACAGCGAGGGAACGCUUCCACCAGAGUCUGAAGAGGAUGAUGAAGACGAGGAAGACGGAUGUCUAGAUGGUAUUCUGUUCGGAUCAUUCAUUGAAACCGAGAUUUGAUUUCAGGAGUGUGUCCUCUGCCGACAACUGAGCAGCCGGAAGUGAGCAUCUGCGUCAACUCAACUUGCGGAUCGAACGGAGAGUGCGUGCCGCAAAACAAGACCCAUUACACUUGUGAAUGCAAACUCUACUAUGAUGGCCCAACGUGCAGUUUAUGUGAGUUUCACUUCUUGACUCCAAUUACUUUGAAUCGUUUUCAGUCAAGCCAAUUGAGCAUGCUGCGAGGUUUGACGGCAAUGCAUUCAUCGAACUCUCUUCCGACGAAUUCCCCCAUUUGACAUCUGAAAAGGAUGAAGUGGUGGCAUUCAAGUUCAAGACGGAACAGCCGAACGGAGUACUCUUGUGGCAGGGACAGAGACCGACAGUCACCCAAAUGGAAGACUACAUUUCAGUUGGUAUUAUCAACGGACACUUACACUUCAGGUCAGUAAGCAAGAACGGGAACCUUGUUAAGUUUGAUUUGCAGUUAUGAACUCGGAGGAGGUGCGGCUCAUUUGAUUUCCGACGAACGGGUCGACGACGGAAAAGAACACAGUGUUCGGUUCGAAAGAAAAGGAAGAGAAGGUCAGAUGAGGGUGGACAACAACCGGGAGGUCAACGGACGAAGCACUGGAAUCCUCGCCAUGCUCAACGUCGACGGAAACAUCUUCGUCGGAGGAGUUCCGGACAUCUACAAGGCGACGGGCGGCCUCUUCUCAAAUAGUUUUGUCGGAUGCAUUGCUGACGUGGAGCUGAAUGGCAUCAAGCUGGAUUUGAUGGCGACGGCGAUCGAUGGAAAGAAUGUGAAGCCGUGCGACGAGUGGAUGCACCGGAAGAGAUGGCUCUACAGAAGAAGAGUGCGGUGAUUAGUAGCUGAUGCUUAGACGCUUUUGUUUCUGAAACUGUCUGUGAUAAUUCAUUUCCUGUAUCACGAAUCUUUCGUUUGUUAAAUAAACUUUCCUUAUUUCCCUCACUGCUUGUUGAUUAGAUUACAGACUAAAUAGACUGACUCAUAUCACUUUAAACUGAAAAAAUCGGCAAAGGAUAAAAGAAGAAGAUCAAGGCGACUGAAACAGGAUCAUGUAACUACUUGGCCGUGUCGAAAUUAUCGAUGACGCCGAUCUUAAACUUGCGCAUCUUCUCUUUUCUGUCUUCCAUUACGAUAAAGCUGUCCCCGCCCGCAGAGGCCUUCGGAGAGAGGAUAAUUGCGCAUCACUAAAGGGAUGUGGUUGCCCUACAUCAGUCCUCAGUUUCUCUCCUUUCUCUAUCGUUCCUUAUCAUCCGAAUAUCCUCGUUUCCAAUUAUUGAUCGUUGCAGAUGCGGAGGCUUCUCCUUUGUUUGGCUGCUCUCACGACAGCUGUCAGCUCGCAGUUGAUUCCAAAUCACGUCAGUUUGAAUGAGAAGAGAAAGCACAUCGAAGUGGAUUCUGCGUGGUUGGACAAGCGACAAAAGGAGGUUCAGAGGGUGAGUGCGAGUGAACAAGUAGCCCUCAAUAGCCAUGAAGAGAGGAGCCUAGACAGUGAAAAACUGAUCGUCUCCGCUUUCCGAUCACGUCAUAAAAACAGGUUCUCAGGUGUCCCUUGACGCGUCGAACAAAGAGAAAGUUGUGCUGGAUCUUCUGAACACUCAACAGCAGUUCAGUGCCUCCUCGUCCGGAAAUGUCGCCGCAGCCGAAACUUUCGACGGAAAGAGAGCUCAGGUGCAAAAAAUCGGAGACAAGGGAGGAAUCGCGACGGUCGACGGACACAAGUAGGCUCUCACUCUGAACUGAUCAUGCAUGAAGUACACUUGCAGAGCUCAGCUUCGCACCAAAACCGAUUCGGACGGAGAGCACGCCCUUCUGAAGGCCGACGGAAAGUACGAACUUGACACCAUUGCCAAGGGAGAUCUCAAGGGAGACCCAUCGGUAGGAACCAGUUCUGAGCACUCGAAAACUCGUUUUAUUUAUAGAAGACGGAAUUCGAAGCGGUCAACGAGAAGCUUGAUUUCAAAGUGAAUCCAAACUCUCACAAUAACAACUCUGGAGAUGGAACUUUGUCGUUUUAUGACAAGGUAAGAAAGAUGGAAAAUGGAUGGGCAACGAAAGGAAUGCUUUCAGGAGAAGGGAAAGAACGGAAAGUACGCGUACACAAUCGCUCAAAACGGAAAGAAAACCGACGCGACGCUGUCGGCCGACAAUCUGAUUGGCUCUGAACUCGAGCAAUCUUUGUUCGGAAGAAGGAACAACAAGUAUCACUGCACUGCAGAGACUCCAGGAGUUUCCCAGUGUUACGAUGCGAAAGGACACUCGGUCGGCAAGGUUGUGGCCGAUAAGAACGGAAACACUGUAGUCUACAACGACAAGGAUGUGCCCAUCGGAACUGGAUCGAUUAAGCAGACUGGACCGAGGUCUUAUGAAGCGGUGAUUUCGAAGAAUUUGUUCAUCGCCAAGCUCAAGGAUGUCCGUUCUGCCCCUUGCUGCAAAGAACUGACUGGACACGAGUGCGCGCAGCCAAUCAAGUUGGCUAAUCCAACUUUCAGCCAUCCAUCCCAGAGAGAAGGCGACGGUACUCUCCAUCUGACAUGGCCGGACUGCUUCGACAUGGGAAUAGACAUAACUUUGCCGCCAGGGGUUCACAUCAACAAAUUGGCCAUGAAAUUGGAUGUUUCCAUCCAACCAAUCGGAAAGCUGCGAUGCAUGGACGUGGCAACUUGCGGAAGAGAAUGCUUCUAUUGCGAUUGGUGCAAAGAAUCGCGAAAGCUCAAACUGCUCGAGAAUACGGAAGGAAAUCUGUGCAGGGCCACUGGAGAACGCACUUACCGUCUCACCACGAAACUCUGCCCUCCGCCAGAGGAUCCGAACUUCACAAUGUGCACGGCAUUCUCCAAAUCUGUUUGGCAGAAGGAUUACUGGCAGAAACAAGGUGCCGUUGACGUGUGGAUGAAGUUCUACGAGAGAGGACAAACGAGACCAGAACUCGAAAAGGAAUUCUUCGCUCAGAUCGACAAUCCACUUCUCGGAAAGGCGUUCAAGUUUGCAAUCAUCGGAGAAUGGCUGGCUGCGAACUCCCUCGACCAGGGAUCCUACACUCCGACCAACUCGGAGCUCCUCGAAUACUGGGUCUCAAAGCGUGACCCGGAUCGUCUUCUCGCCUGCCAGCACGCCGUUGUCGACUACGAUAUCGAGGGAGCCAAGGUCAAAACGAACUUGCUUUUCGAAGCAGCCACAACUGCCAAUUCGAUCCCGAACAUUCUGAAGGACAAGAAGUGUGGCGCAUUCGAGAAGUUGCAAGAGGAUAGGUUCCAGAAGGAGGCCGCCGAUUACAAGAGAACUUCUGGAGGCGGAAACUUCCUGUCCGGACUUGGAGGAUUCCUGAAUACAGUUCGUGGAUAAGGAGCGCGAUGGGAUUAUUUAUUCUCGGUACAUAUUUAUUUAUUAUGUUGAUUGAUUGUCUUUCAUUUUUCUUUGUGUUUGUAUAUAAACGUUGAUCUCUAGAACGUAUCUUGAAAAUUCCAUCCAGACUUCUUCUCAUCGACUCCAAAUCUCACUGUUCUCGGAUGUCGCAAUCCUCGAUUUCGUCUCCAAAAUGACAGGAUUGAUAUGCUGUGAAACCGGCUUAUCUCGAAGAAAAAUCGACUUAUUUCCCCCCACUUUUCCUCAAUUUUUCCACCGACUAUCAUUGUUUCCCUCAUCAUGUCUUCUUCCAAAUACCUUUUAUCUACUGUCCUAUUACUGUUUCCCUUACUGUCCAAUUCAAGCCCUCUCAACUCGAACCGACCAGAGGAUCCGUUCAAAACAAAGUUUGUGGCUAGUCGCGAGGAUUCGGAAGAAGACAUUUCACUGGAAGAAUCAUCGGAAGUUGUGAGAAUCGCCACAACGAGAGCUCCACGUCUUCUCUACGCUCCCACUCAUACGAAUCUUCUCUACUCGGUCUUCCCUUCCCUCCAAAAAGAGAAGGAUUGGCGGAAGUACUGCCCAGCCAACCAGUACCAAUUCCAGCUGACUUGCCGUCCUGGAAAGAAGCUUCGAUAUGAUCUUCAACUGUUUUGCCAACAGUUUUCCGACAUGUGUGGAGUGCCGAACAUCAACUUGUAUCCGAGCAGAUACCAGACCGCGGAAGACGAGGGAAGACCAGCCGGAUACGGCCAGAAGCAGAAGAACGGAAACUUUGGAGUGGGAAGAAGUUGGGCGUUCGGAUUCGGAGCCAUUCCUGGCCUAGAAGUGCAAACGAGUCAGGGCGCUGACAUCGGAAACGAGAAGUUGCCGUUCUUCAAUCAGGUUAGUUGUGUCUGGCACAAAUCAGAAAACAGCAAAACAAAGAGUAUGCUACCGGUAACGCUAGGGCUGUUCGGGAACUUGGGAACUCGAGGACUUGAAUUCAAUUUCAGAUCGGAGGAAUGAUGCUUAACUACGGAGGAGAGGUCGGAGUGCUCGGAAAGAGAACCGGAAAGGGACCGGCCCGUUCGAUGAAUGCUCUCGCUCGCGGCUAUCCGAGCUUCGGAGUCGGACAGCCGACGAGCGCAGAUUCUCAGUUCGGAGAGUCAGUUGCGAAGGCCCUCGGUGUGCCCUCGCUGAACAAUGUCUUCUCGAAACUGGCAAAGAACUCGAAGAACAAGAAGAUCACCGGAUACGAGCCGGGAUACGGAGCCGUCAAUCCGAGCGGUCCAUUUGCCAUCGGAAAGGUAGGCAUCAUUCAGGAAAAGAUACGAAAAACAAACUUUGCAGACUGAUUUGGAUGAUAUCAACUUGCCCGCUGGUUUCGGAACCAUUGAGGUUAUUCGCGGAAGUGGAAUGGGAAUUGGAAAGCGAUAA